GCGGAGCAAACAUUCGGUCGUUCGCGCUGAACUGCGCUAUACUGAGAGAGUAGCCACUGGAGAAGGGCGUGCAGCCGGGGAGCCUUCCUGGUCAAGUAGCGGAGCAAACAUUCGGUCGUUCGCUCAUUUUUCUACCACUGAAGCGACGACAAUGAAGACAAAUUAGCCUUCAACUUACUUGCGACAGCAACCAAAACUGUGGCAGUACUCGGCAGUGAUCAAGCAUGACAGCUAGCAAAACUGUGGCAGUACUCGGCAGUGAUCAAGCUUGGCAGCUAGCAAAACUGUGGCGGUAGGCAGCAGUGAUCAAGCUUGGCAUGUGGACCAACGCAGACUUCCAUUGAACACACCGGCAUAGUGAACAUCAGCAGAGCGUCUGCCGCAGCGGUAGACUACAAACUACGGCAGUCUAACAGCCAUCGCUCAGGGUUCAACCAACAGGCGUUCCACUCUGCGAAGGCCGGAGAUAAGCAAAACAAAAGAAGAGGAAAAAAAAAACAAAUGGUUCGCCCGGUUUCAUUACUGUGCAUCACUAGAGCAAGAACACAACGUUUGAAGGCCAUGUGCAAGAAAGUACGCAAAGUGACCCCCAAAAAUAUUGUUGUGGUCUUUUUCACGCUUUGCGGUGCAUGGUUUUACUUCAGAUCGGACUCUCCUCUAAGGCUACCCAAAAUCACCGCUUGGCUUGUCAACUCCAGUUCUUGUGCGAUACCUGAUUAUGACCCAUGGGAUGAAAGUAUUGCGCAAAUAAUCCUUAACGAAAAACGGUUUGGUGGAUGUCGUCAGCAAUCUCCCAUAGAAAUACGGCAGGAUGGUAACGUCCUGCUGUUUUUGAAAAACAAAACAGCGAAAAACCAACAGUGUGAGCCCGAGUGCUGCUUUCGCAGCGUUCUGAGGGCGGACGAGGGACAUUCAGACGACAAGUAUCAGUUCGGAACAAAGCACACUUGCUUGAAAUGGGACCAACCAUUCAGUGUGAAGGACGAAUUCAUUCAUGUCAGAUGUUUUUGUCCCCACAAUAAUGCUACGGUGCAUGAGGAUUUCCGUGCAUUCGUAACUCCAAAAAACUUCGCGCAGAGCCCCGUAUCAUCCAGCGCAAAAGCCUCAAAAAACCGCAAUGAGAUAUCCAAUAUCUACCUCAUUGGUAUUGACUCCGUUUCCAGGCUCAAUUUCAAACGCUUUUUGCCUAAAAUCGAAAGGCUUUUGAGCGACCAAUUCAACGGUAUUUCCAUGCUGGGCCUGAACAAAAUAGGCCUCAACACCUUCCCGAACAUGCUUGCCUUGCUUACUGGCCUCCGGAUAGAUCAGGUGAGACUAUCCCUGGGAACAGAGCCAAUUGAUGACUUGCCGUUUAUUUGGAAAGAAUUCUCCAAAUUGGGUUACACCACCAUGUUUAAUGAAGACCUCCCAGAGAUAGCAACAUUUAACUACAAGAAGCAGGGCUUCCACAACACCCCCACUGAUUAUUACUUGAGACCUCUCUACCGAGCCAUCGAAGAUUCUUCGUACGUGAAAAGCCGGCAAACUCUGUGCAUCAAAAAGCGACCGCAAAUUGAUUUCCAGCUGCAAUGGCUGCAAGACUUCAUGACUCAGGUCAACACUCGUCAGUUUGCGCUGUUGUUCAGCAGUGCCAUGAGCCACGAGGGACCACUGACCUAUGUCAGUGAAUUGGAGGAUCACCUGCACAAAUUUCUGAUCUGGUACAAAGACACAGAACGCUACAACUCGUCCAUCGUGCUCUUCUUCAGCGACCAUGGCAUGCGGUUCGGCCCAGUGAUGCGCACCGAGCUAGGCGGCUACGAGUCCCGCAUGCCGUUCUUCUACGUGCUGCUGCCGCCGUGGUACGCGAUGCGGUACCCGCAGCGCGUGCGGCACCUGCGCGCCAACGCCCGCCGUCUGACCACCUUCUUCGACGCGCACGCGACGCUGCGCCACCUGCUGGCCGGGGCCGCCGCCGCCGCCGUCCAACACAUCAACAUGGUGAAGCUGGAGGCGGUGCGCUCGCAGUGCGCCCAGCUCAGCCUGCUGAGCGUCACCGGCGCUUUCCACCGGCUGUCGCAGCCGCAGGGCGUCGUCAAGGACACGGCCUACCAGGUGCAGGCGUUCGAGGAGAACGUCGUGCAGUUUGUCACCACGCCCGGCCUGGGAGAGUUCGAGGCCACCGUGCGCAGCCGGGGCGGGUCUGCACCACUCGAAGAGCUGCUCUCGGUGGUAGAUGUGUCCCGGCUGAACGUCUACCGCGGCCAAAGCGACUGCCUGAAGCAGCGCUUUGACGAGAUGAGGUUUUGCUAUUGUCAGAACAUGGUGCAGUGAGAUGUGGUCCUUUGAUCGUAGACUGCAUGAGUGUGGUAAAAGGAUGAUGUGAUGUGCCCGCUAACUGGCAUGGACUGUCACCUUUUGACGCCUUUGGAAAGCUUGAUAAUGGGGCUUUCCCAUAACUGCUUUUUCACAGCUUUCAGCUAGUUGCUUGACGAACAACGUUGAGAUUUAUUUGGUCGGCGAAAAAUAGCCACUUGUCUGAAAGAUUUGCGCUCACGUAAAAUAAUACUUUACUGAGUUCAGCAAUGAUCGUGCGCUUAUAACCCUUCUUCUUAGCAGGACCGUGUCCAUAAAACUCCGAAUUGGUGUAUGUCUCUUUGAGUUUAUGUAUAUGUAGAGUUGAUAUUGAACGUUCGCAAGUGUUCCGUUGUACUGGUGCAUAUUUUUGCCAGAACUGCAGUGCAUAGUAGAAAAGGAGCUCUUGGAUAUCGUCAGUCGGCAUUUUCAACCGAUGUUUACCAAUGAGCUAUUACAAAAAUUUACUCACCACUCGGCAUGUUUCUAGAAAAUGCCGUUUCCCAAGCACCGCUGAUGUGCAGGCUUGUUCGGGUCACAUGACACUGCGCCAAAUGUGUUCAUGUGUGGUGCUAAGGAAGAGAGAUGGAGAACAGGGAUCGCGACAGAACUGAUUCUCUUCGCAGACCUUGGAAAUCUUCUAUGCUCCCAAAUUUAUUGCGUGUAAAAAUGUGUAAAUGGGUGGAUGUCGUUCGAUCAUCAACGUCGUGGUUGUGCGGUCCUGGAUAUCGUAAAAUGUUUCGGCGAUUCUUAACGCCACCUGUAAUGUCAUCAGUUAUGUACUGUCUACGUAACGCAUACUUGCUGGCACUGACUAAAGCUAUCCAUGGCGCUACAACUUUUUCAAAGGAGGAGUACUUUUGUUACCUAGGCGGUCGCGGCUAGAGGCGGAAAGGCUCCAGAUACUGCUGGGUUUAUGGCAUCCUAUGUUCCACGUUCAGAUUGGAAUAAAGUCAUUCAGUGACAUUCGAUGACUAAAAUAUAUGACCUAACAGCAAUUCCACAAUAGUCCCGAGAGAUGCAUUACAGUCCACCGCGUGCCAAACCUAGCGGUCACAAUUAAAAACUUGAACUGUUAUUGACAUGCCAGACAAUACGCGUAGCAAUUGAAAAGUUUACCCAUUCCGUUACACAGCGCAUGACACUCUUCAUAUAGCAGAACCGAUAUGUGUU